GUUUGAACUUCUUUUUCAAAAAGACACAAGACUUUCAUUACCAAGCUAAAACCAUGUCCGCUGUGAAAAACAUCUCCUCCUUCAGGCUCGCCUCUCUUCUCCGCCGCGAGAAAAACCCUUCCGCCGCCAUCAAGCUAUUCCAAAACCCCGAUCCAGAAUCAACAAACCCGAAACGACCCUUCAGAUACUCGCUCCUCUGCUACGAUCUCAUCAUCACGAGACUCGGCAGCUCCAAGAUGUUCCACGAGCUAGACCAGGUCCUCCUCCAGCUCAAGUCCGAUACCAGAAUCGUCCCAACGGAGAUCCUAUUCUGCAACGUGAUCAACUACUUCGGCCGCGGAAGAUUACCCGCUCGCGCGCUCCACGUGUUCGACGAAAUGCCUCAGUACCGAUGCCAACGCACCGUCAAAUCCGUGAACUCUCUGUUGAGUGCGCUCUUAAAGUGCGGAGCUUUCGAUGAGAUGAAGGAAGUUCUUUCGAGGAUUGAUGAGUACGGUAAGCCAGACGCUUGUACUUACAAUAUACUGAUCGAUGGGUAUUCUAGGAGCGGGUGUUUCGAUGAUGCCUUGAAGCUGUUCGAUGAAAUGGUCAAGAAGAAGGUGAAACCCACCGGUGUAACUUUCGGGACGCUGGUUAAUGGGUUAUGUAAGAACUUUAAGGUGAAGGAAGCGUUGAAGAUGAAGCACGAUAUGUUGAAAGUGUAUGGAGUAUAUCCCACGGUUCAUGUUUAUGCAUCGUUGAUCAAAGCGUUAUGUCAAAUGGGGGAAUUGAGUUUGGCGUUUAAGCUAAAGGAUGAAGCUUACGAAGGAAAGAUUAAAGUAGACUCGGCUAUCUACUCUACGUUGAUUAGCUCGCUUAUAAAAGCUGGAAGGUCAGAAGAGGUCUCAGGGAUCUUGGAGGAAAUGAGAGGAAAAGGGUGUGAACCGGAUACAGUGACUUACAAUGUACUGAUUAACGGGUUCUGUGUUGAGAAUGAUUUGGAAUCAGCUUAUGGAGUUCUGGAUCAGAUGGUUGAGAAGGGUGUGAAGCCAGAUGUUAUAGGCUACAACAUGAUACUUGGUGCCUUGUUUAGAAUCCAAAACUGGAAAGAAGGAACUUACUUGUUUGAAGAUAUGCCUCGGAGGGGUUGCGUCCCUGAUAUAUUGUCUUAUAGGAUAGUUUUCGAUGGGCUUUGCCAAGGUUCACAGUUUGAAGAAGCAGCGGUUGUCUUGGACGAAAUGCUUUUCAAAGGCUACAAGCCUCGCAAGGAUAGGCUAGAGAGAUUUCUGCAAAGGCUAUCUGAGAGUGGAAAGUUGGAGAUUCUCGGUAAAGUUAUCGGUAGCUUGAAUAAAGGGAAUUCUGUUGAUGCAGAUUUUUGGUCGGUAAUUAUGCGUAUAGUGUGCAAAGAACCUGCAAUAUCUGAUUCUGUUGAUUUAUUGUUAAACACAUUGAAGGAAGAGGGUCUUUCAUCAACAAUGCAGCACUGCUAGGUCACUUCUCGUGCAAGGUUAGUGUUGGUUGCCGUGAGCCUUGUUGGGUGGGCAGAAUGGAUUAUCUGCAGACACAUGAGUUUACUCUGCAUUACUGAUUAAAGGGGUGGAGAUUCGAUGAUAUCCUAAAAGGUGUUGUGAACAUCUGAAAAUCUUCAGUUGAUAAGUUCUAGUCCCAGUGAAGACUGGAUUCCCCAGCAAAACAAGCUGGAGAUUUGAUGCUACCUAAGACCUAAAAAGUAAAAACAGAGCCGAAUCAGGAAUAGAGGUGUGUAGGGGUGUUUUCGUCAUUGACACUGUACGAGAACCCUACUUUAGUUUCAGGUUGUGGUUUCCUCUUGUCAGUUCGGUGGGUUUUGUUUUGUCUGAGAAAGGUCAUCCUUCAUCGUUUCUGCUUCGAUCUACUCGGUACUGUUCUCUAGUCUAUCAUUAAACUCAUUAGUUCUCUUAAGACAAUUUUCUUCUGCAGUUCUGCAUAAGAAUGUUACGAACAAUGUUGUAAAACUCAGACCUUUAUGAAAUAAAAAGAUAUAUUCCCAAAAGAUCAAACGAUUACAAUGGU